AUGUCAUUCAGAUCACCCGUCUCGAAAUGCUCCAUCAUCCUCCCAUCCCUCGGAAGACUGAAAGGCUUCGAAUAUGCCAAUGGCGUGCAACAGUAUUGUGGUAUACCUUAUGCUUCGCUUGAGAAACGGUGGACUCGAUCGCAGUUGAUGACGCAGUGGCCCAACAACUACCACGAUGGAACAAAACUCGGAAGCGACUGUCCCCGACCGAAGAUUGAAGGAGAUGACUCGGACGAUCUCGUACCGGUGCCUCCAACGGCGCAUUUAGGAGAACCUCGAACGGACGAGUUGUCGGGGCUCGUCAUGAACAUCGUCUUGCCGUGUGCCCCCGGAUCGCAAAGGUUUCCGGUCAUGGUGUAUGUCCAUGGGGGUUCAUUACUGUAUGGAGGUGCGAACCUGCCGAUCUUUGAUGGCGUCAAUCUCGUUUCCCUCAGUAUGGAAAUCGGUAUGCCCAUUGUCUACGUCAACUUCAACUAUCGGGUCGGAUUAGGUGGCUUUCUUGCCAGUGCAGCAAUCCAGCAAGAGCUCCAGCAGGAUGGCCAUCAAGGCUGUGGGAACUUCGGAUUCACUGACCAGCAAGUGGCCUUCGAAUGGGUUCAACGUUACAUUGGCAGUCUCGGGGGCAAUUCUGAUCGGGUGACUGCGGUCGGAGAGUCUGCGGGCGGCAUAUCCAUCAGCAAUCAGAUGUUAGCUGCUCGUCCUCCAGUAUUUCACCGUGCGGUCUGCAUGUCCGGGCUCUCUGUCUCGAUUCCAGCCUGGUCAAUGGAGCAACACGAGGAGCUGUUCCGGGCUGUCUGCCGUCAUUUCGAUAUAGAUCCAUCACGAUCAGACGUGCUGGACUGUCUGCGGCACAUACCUCAGCAGGAACUAGCCAAUGCAACGCCCAUAAUACAAGGUGUUUUGUCAGGUACCGGGAAUCCAUGCCUCGAUGGUUGGUUUCAUGAGCGGGAUCCGCUUGAGAUACACGAGCCACCGCAGUGGGUAGAAGCGUUGAUGAUAGGAGACACCUACCACGAAGGGAUUAUCUUCCACUUAAAUCUACUGAACGACAAUUUUGCAGGUAUUCGAGAGAUACUAAAUCAACACAUGCCCCUGGAGGAAACGGAUAAAGUCUUAGCUGAGUAUGAGAUACAACCGGACCUACCUCAGGAUGUCCUCCUCAGCCGGGUUGAACACAUGUGCGGUGAUGCAAUUUUCAAGAUUCCCAACUAUGCUACAGUGGUUGCCAGUGUCCCUUCUGCGCAGGAAAAAGCGGUAUUUGCAUAUCACUUUGACCAGCGUUCACGACUGAGAAACGCACUUGAGGGGACCGCGUAUCACGCCCAUGAACUUCUUUAUCUGUUUGGCAACUUGGACAAUGAGCUCUCUCGCGAAGAGCGGGAGAUGGCGAGGAAUUUUGCUGAAGCUUGGAUCAGAUUCACGUACAGCUAUUCACCCUGGGAAGGCUCGGAACGACACUGGAAAGUAUGGGGUCCCGAGUCAAUCCAAGCUGUAAAAAGUGAAGAGGAUGACGAGGAAGCUCGGUCAUACUCGCGUAUGAAAAGGCUUCUGGCGAUGGAUAAUGGAGAUACUUGGAGACGAUGGCUCAACGGAGUAGACGCCUUGGUCAACAAGCGUAUGAAUUUGGGGAAGAACUAUAGUUCAUAG